UAAAAUCCAUUAUAAAAUUGGGAAAUGAGCGGUUAUUCUUUUUUUUUUUAAAAUAAAUAAAUAAUAAAUAGUCAGGAACGGACAUAUAAAAAGAUUAUAAGACUUAGAUAUAUAAUCAAGUGUAAUAGAAAUAAUGGGAACAAAUGUCGCCACAAAUUAUAUAACAUCACCAGCAGAUCCGAAAGAUAUAUUAGGAAUAAAAUUAUAAUAUUUAAUAUUAAUAGUUAAAAAUCUAUAAAAAUAUUUCACAUUUGAAGUUUAAAUACAAGACGAUAAAGGAAUAAGAAGACGUUUUAGAUCUUCCAAUUUCCAAUCUACUACUAGGGUAAAGCCUUUAAUGUGUAAUGAAGGAUGGAAUCAAAUAUAAUUAAAUUUGUAAGAUUUUACUAAUAAAGCUUAUGGAACUAAUUAUAUGGAAACUAUUCGAGUUUAAAUACAUGCAAAUUGUAGAAUCAGAAGAAUCUAUUUUGCUGAUAGAGUGUAUUCGGAAGAAGAAUUACCUCCUGAAUUUAAGCUUUUUUACC